UUCAGAGGCGCCUGUCUGUCCCCUGUCGCACCUGAGCCACCGUGAUGCUAUAGGACCGCCGCCUGGACCGUUAUCCGCCCGCGCCUGCCCGCCGCCACUAUGCCGCGCUCCUUCCUGGUCAAGAAACAUUUCAACGCCUCCAAGAAGCCCAACUACAGCGAACUGGACACACACACAGUGAUCAUUUCCCCAUAUCUCUAUGAGAGCUACUCCAUGCCUGUCAUACCAAAACCAGAGAUACUCACCUCAGGAGCAUACAGCCCUAUUACUGUAUGGACAGCAGCAGCAGCUCCGUUCCAUUCCCCUCUACCCAGUGGCCUUUCUCCUCUUACUGGAUACUCCUCAUCCUUGGGGCGUGUAAGCCCCCUGCCUUCCUCUGACACUUCAUCCAAGGAUCACAGUGGUUCAGAAAGUCCCAUUAGUGAUGAAGAGGAGAGACUGCAGCCCAAGCUUUCAGACCCCCAUGCCAUUGAAGCUGAGAAGUUUCAGUGCAAUUUAUGCAAUAAGACCUAUUCUACUUUCUCUGGGCUGGCCAAACAUAAGCAGCUGCACUGUGAUGCCCAGUCAAGGAAAUCGUUCAGCUGCAAAUACUGUGACAAGGAAUAUGUGAGUCUGGGUGCCCUGAAGAUGCACAUUCGGACCCACACAUUGCCUUGUGUCUGCAAGAUCUGUGGCAAGGCUUUCUCCAGACCCUGGCUGCUUCAAGGACACAUUAGAACACACACUGGGGAAAAGCCUUUCUCUUGCCCUCACUGCAAUAGAGCUUUUGCAGACAGAUCAAACCUGAGGGCACAUCUGCAGACCCACUCUGAUGUAAAGAAAUACCAGUGCAAAAACUGCUCUAAAACCUUCUCCAGAAUGUCGCUUCUGCAUAAACAUGAGGAGUCUGGCUGCUGUGUGGCACACUGAGUGGCGCAACCAGUGUUUACUCAAACAGAAUGCAUUUCUUCACUCCAAUGACAAAUGAAAGUCCAAAGACAUUUUCUCGUGUGCUUACCAACCAAAUAAUAUGUAUAAAAAUACAAAGGAUCUCUCUCUCUCUCUCUCUCUCUCUUUCUCUCUCUCUCUCUCUC